GCGCUACAUUAGAAAAUUAAAGCAAGGUCGCGUGUAUCCUCUAAACAUAAAUGUGUAUUUACUCGCGAUUUUGGUGUUCUUUUGGUGAGUUUUGCUGAGCAAUUCUUAGUGCAUACCGUUGAUGAUGUCUGUCUUUAAAGCAAGUGAUGAACUUCGAGAAGGAUUAGAAGCAGACGAUGAUAAUUAUGUCGUUCAAAAGUUGGACUUUUCCGACGACGAAGUCGAUGCCGGAUUUCAAGAUGGUACAGCGUUUCUUAGUUCCGGGACAGAUUUAGACAAUUCAAUGGAUUGUCUAGACCGUGAUUCUCACCAGUUUAGUCCAGAUAUGCUGAAAAGUCCCAGGAAAAGUCGUCUCAGCUACAGGUACCGAAAUCAAUGUCGACCUGUACCGAUGUUACACAACGACGGAGAAGCAGAUGUAGAGGACAGCGGCCGUGCGAGUGACGACGGCACGAUAGGUAACAGUGACGACGGCACUCCGCCCCAUCGCAAGCUGCGUGCGUUGCGACUGUUCGACACUCCACACACGCCAAAGUCGCUCUUACGUAGAGCGUCGACGAAGCUGAGGGGGGUGCGGCAAGCGGACGUGCGACUUCAGGCGAAUGUUAACCCUUUCACUCCGGAGCAGAACUCUUCUCCGCACACUGGGUGCAAGCGAAGUCGAACGACUGAUCGUAUUAGAGGUGCGAACGAUGUUUUGCUCAGCGAUGGCGAGGAAGAUGACAUGAUACAUCAUCCUUCAAAGAAGAUUGCUCUGCGUCAGAACAACAUCUCCCGAUAUAAUGAAGAAUUUCUGGAAGUGUCCACGUGUGGGUCAGGAGAGUUUGGCAGCGUCUAUAAAUGCAUCAACAGACUAGAUGGGUGUACCUAUGCUAUCAAGCGAUCCGUAAAGCCUGUUGCUGGGAGCAUAUAUGAGCAGAAUGCGCUCAAUGAAGUGUAUGCACAUGCAGUACUGGGGAAGCAUCGGCAUGUAGUCAGAUACUACUCUGCUUGGGCCGAAGAUGGUCACAUGCUUAUACAGAAUGAGUUCUGUAACGGAGGAAGCUUGUUAGAUAAAAUAACUGAGCAUCAACUAACCGGAAAGAAGUUCACUGAGCAGGAGUUACGACAGAUCACUCUGCACAUAGCACAUGGACUCAAAUACAUCCACUCAAUGAAUCUGGCGCACAUGGAUAUCAAGCCAGGAAAUAUCUUCAUUCAACAUGCCACUCUGCCAGAGAACUAUGAUAAUGAAGAUAGCAUUGAUGAUGACGACUUCAACGAUUCUGUGAUAUAUAAGAUCGGUGAUCUUGGUCAUGUAACGUCUGCGACCAAUCCGAAAGUGGAGGAAGGGGACUGCCGAUAUCUACCAAAUGAGGUGCUUCAGGAAUGCUACGACAGCCUGCCAAAAGCUGAUAUCUUUGCGUUGGGCCUUACAAUCUUUGAAGCUGCUGGUGGUGGGCCACUGCCAAAGAAUGGCGAGGACUGGCAUUUGAUUAGGCGUGGUGAUUUGCCCUUUCUACCAGGCUACUCUGAACAAAUGCAGAAAUUGCUGCUAUGGAUGAUACAACCCAAUGCAACUUCGAGACCGUCCGCGACAAUGCUGUGUCACGACCCAGUGCUCUGCCCUAAUUCGGAGAAAAGCAAGGCGCAGCUCAGCAAAGAGUUGAAUGCAGAGCGCUUCAAGAAUCAGCUGCUAGCAAGGCAACUAAAGAUACAAGAGGAACUGUUUAAUAACGGACUGCCACGGAGCUUGCCUGGUAACCGCCACAAGAGAAUAGUUGGAAGGAAAGUAAACCGGAGCAUGAGCCUGACUUCCUUCUGAUUGCAACGUCUAUGCAUGUGUCUGUGGUCACAUGUCUGCACAUGCUACUCGUUUUCGUAAUAAUGUAUUUAGUCGGUGUCAUGUCCUGUGGAAUGCUAAUAACUGUGUAAGGUUGUCCAGCCUGAAAGCACAAAUAUUGGGUCAAGAAGUUUAUUCAGCUAUUAGAUUUCAUCACAGUCAUGCAGUUUAUUAGAUUCUCUUCAAGAAGCAAAUUGCUGCAAUGUACGAUUUACAGUUUUGUGUUAAGUUUGUGGAUCAGCUGUCAGUUGAAAAGAACACUUGCUCAGUUUGGUUAGUUUUUGUUGUUGUUAAGUAAAUACGUCUGUCUAGCUAGGUUUCAUUGUAUGAUUUUAGAAUUAUUAUAAUAUACAGGAUUCUUGUGAUUUGUACUAGUUUCAGCAUGCCAAAUUUAAGAAGCUGUUUACGAGAAAAGUUUAUUGUAUAUAACUUGACUGUAGAGGUUCCUGUUACCAAUGGUGUAAUAUAGGUAAAUAUAUUUUAGAAAUAAGUAAAUCAUCAUGAAAAGUAAUUAUUUUAACAAAAUUGCUUUUAAAACCCAUUAGGAAUUCUUGAUCCCAGUUUUGAAUUUUGGGUGUUAUUCAAGCAUGAUUUGAUUGCAUGGAAAUGAUUUCCAUAUAAUAGCUUGUGAGAAUAUAGAAUGUUAAAAAUAAUAUUAUUGUCACUAUUGAUAUACUAUAAGGUAUUUGCUAAUAGUUAUAGCUAUUGAUAGUUCAUUAAAAUGGGUCAAGUUAUAUACGUAAUAGCAUUGUAGUGCCAAACAAAUGUUCAAAAUAUUAUGAAAAUGUGUUUAGUACACAUUUUUAAUUUGAAACUUGAGUUAGAAUGGCUAUAUAUAUAUAUUAUAUAUAUUGCUGUUUUGAUCAUAUUUCGAUCUUAUAUAAAUUGUAUGUCUGUUGAUUUGUGUCCGCGCAUAUUGUAAUAAUAACUCGAAACUAAAACAAUAAAUGUUCAGCAUUUCUCAUUCGUUUUUA